AAAAAUUCGUUCAGUCCAUUUGAAAACGAUGGAGUCGAUUCUGUUAAAGUUGAUUCAACGGAAAUUUCUAUGUAUUUUGCAACAGCGAAUCGUACCGCGGUAAAAUCUGCAUAUUCUACUGGUUCUAUAAGUCCAGAACAAUUCGAUUUUCGUACUGAACAAACGAUUCGUAUCGUACCAAUUUGUAAAUUUACCCUGGAAUUAUGUAUUGGUAAAUGA